GAAGAAGAACAAUCAUGUGCGCCUACGUCAUAAACUCGCGCCGGUCCGUUUGUUUCGAAGUGCAAAAUUUAAAAGGUUCCAUUAUGGCUCUGGCAGGAGUGCGUGUAGUUGAGCUUGCAGGACUGGCCCCUGCACCCUUCUGCGGGAUGAUACUGGCGGACUUCGGUGCAAGAGUGAUCCGGGUAGAUCGGACAAAGGUGGCAAUGACUGUAGAUACUCAAGCAAGAGGCAAACGAUCAGUGGCCUUGAAUCUGAAGAAUCCCAAAGGUGUGGCUGUUUUGAAAAGACUGUGUGUCCAGUCAGAUGUGGUUCUGGAGCCCUAUCGUAAAGGUGUUAUGGAGAAGAUGGGAUUAGGUCCUGAAGAUUUACUAAAAGAGAAUCCGCGCCUGAUUUAUGCACGACUCACCGGCUACGGUCAGAGCGGAUCCUACACCAAGGCUGCCGGGCAUGAUAUCAACUACCUGGCCAUGUCAGGGUUACUUUCCAUGCUGGGCCGUAGCUCAGAGAAACCCUACGCUCCACUGAAUUUGGUGGCAGACUUUGCUGGAGGAGGUCUCAUGUGCGCUUUUGGGAUUGUGUUGGCUCUCCUGGAAAGGAGCAGGUCAGGACAAGGCCAGAUCAUUGAUGCCAGCAUGGUAAGAUACAGCACUUUGUCUUAA